AUGCCCUCAAACGACAUAGAAAUGGACGCUCCACCACCUCCAUCUCAUGGCUACUCCUACGGUUCCCGCGACAACCACACCAUCACACCAGGAAUGGACAACCUUGGUCCCGCCUCACCGGGCGGCGGCAUCAGCGGAAUCGCCCUAGGAAUCGCAAAUACACACAGUCGCCAGAGCGGCAUCGACGCAUCUCGAGGCGUAAAUGACGGAUACACCGGCCCUGCAGAGCGCGAUUACAACACAACAGGCUCAGACACACCCUACGUACCUUAUGCAGGCGCAGACUCGUUUCAUCCAGAACACGCCCACGCAUGGAACAUGGCGAGAGGCGGACCGGUCGCAUCGCCUGCAAUGCAGACGCCCAGUCAGUCCUCGGUGCAUCUGAGCGAUCCGGCACACAGCACAUACCAAUACCCCGUGCCGUAUUCUGGUGUCGCUGACGGGCCUUAUUAUCGUCACUCGACCGCGUACAGUAAUGGCGAGAUGUCGAAUAUCAACCCCGAUGAUAUCGCCGAUGAUGGGGAUGAGGACUUUGGUCCCCCGCGCAACCGGGGGCCUGCUGCGGCAGGCGCGGCAGCUGGCGCUGCGGGUGGUGGCAUGCUGAAGGGCUUCCUUGGUCGCGAAAAGAAUGCUGAUGUCGCGUAUAACUCUGUUCCUGGUGGGUUGGAGGGCGGUGCUGGGAGGGGGUCAGCGAGAAAACCAAAUAAUGGACAGGAGGGGCGCAAGAAGAUGGGCUGGAUUGUCGGUAUUGGUCUUGCGGUUAUUAUUCUGGGCGCGAUUAUCGGUGGUGCCGUGGGUGGUACACUUGGCAGUCGACAUAAGGAGGAUAAGUCAACGUCUGGCAACGACGAAACUGCUACGGGUGAUUCGAAGACUCAUGGAGACCUCGACAAGGAUUCCUCGGAGAUCAAGGCUCUGAUGGGCAACGUGAAUCUACACAAGGUCUUCCCUGGGAUGGACUACACGCCCUGGGGCGUGCAGUACCCGGAGUGUGUGAAGUGGCCUCCGUCGCAGAAUAACGUUACCCGGGACAUGGCUGUCUUGUCGCAGUUGACUAAUACGGUGCGUCUUUACGGUACGGACUGCAAUCAGACUGAAAUGGUUCUUCACGCGAUCGAUCGUCUCGAGUUGAAGGAUAUGAAACUUUGGCUCGGCGUAUGGAUUGACUCCAACAUCACCUCCACCGAACGACAGAUCAAACACCUUUACAAGCUCCUCGAUGACACCAAGGACACGUCCAUCUAUAAGGGUGUCAUUGUCGGCAAUGAAGCCCUCUUCCGCGCCGGUGAUAGCAAGGCAUCUGCCCAAACGACCUUGAUCUCCUACAUCAAAGAUGUCACAAGCGAGGUCAAGAAGCGCAACCUGGAUCUAUCGAUUGCCACCUCCGACCUCGGUGAUAAUUGGAAUGCGGAGCUAGUCGAGGAAGUGGACGUCGUCAUGUCCAACGUCCAUCCCUUCUUCGCUGGCGUCAACGUCACUGCGGCUGUUGCCUGGACAUGGAACUUCUGGCAGAGCCACGAUGUCAUCUUGACCGAGGGCACGAAUAAGAAGCAGAUCAUCUCAGAGGUUGGAUGGCCCAGUGACGGCGGCAAGGACUGCGGUGAUAGCAAGGUCUGUGACGACGAGACGCCUGGUUCUGUCGCCAGUAUCGAGAAUAUGAACACUUUCAUGGCUGACUGGAUCUGUCCGGCGCUGGAAAAUGGAACGGAUUAUUUCUGGUUCGAGGCUUUCGACGAACCAUGGAAAAUCCAGUUCAACACGCCUGGAAAGGAAUGGGAGGAUAAAUGGGGUCUGAUGGACCCCGGACGCAAACUCAAGAAGGGUCUCAAGAUCCCAGAUUGCGGUGGCAAGAUUGCCUCGUAA